CUGUUGCCAUGAUGCAAUGGCGACUGCGCCGUGGGAAGCGAGCGAGGAGUUGAAUGGGUUUCUCCACACAGCUGAAGUGAAGCUGCCUGCAGCCAGUCAGGACACCGUCAGUGGCGAGGGACAGAACAGCGGGCACGGCGACACUGGCAGGGUCCUGUCCUACCACACUACAUGGAAACACACAGCCAGGUGUGUCUGCUAGCCUCACAGCUAGCCGUGUCAUGACGGUUGGAGAGAAUUCUCACACAUCUGUACGACGAGACGUGAGGAGCACCAACACCCUGUUUUCCCUCCGUAGCCCAAACCAAGUGAGGAGGGGUUGUUGUUUUUAAAUUCUUUCAUUUUCUGGUCGCAUCGUCCUAUAAAUCGGCGUGUCAGUGGACCUAUUUGUGGUCUCCGUAUUGGACCACCAUGGCUGAGAGAACCUCAACCGGGUUACUAACGAUGAUGUUGGAGCCCACGCCGGCUGUCGCUAUGACCCUGCCGGCGGAGGUCCGUGAGAAGCUGGCGGAGCUGGAGCUGGAGCUCUCUGAAGGGGACAUCACUCAGAAGGGCUAUGAGAAGAAAAGAGGCAAGCUGUUGGCACCGUACAUCCCACAGAUACAAGGUGUAGAUCCUUCUCUGCAAAUUGACAACAGGAUCCAGGCCUCCUCCCAAGCCGUUCUCCCAGGUUCUAAACACAACAAGUCGCGGGCGGCCAACACACGGGAUGAACGCUUCAGAUCUGAUUUGCACACAGAAGCCGUCCAAGCAGCUUUGGCAAAGUACAAAGAGAGGAAGAUGCCAAUGCCCUCCAAGAGACGAUCUGUGCUAGUUCAGUCUUCUGUUGAGGCAUGCACCCCGCCAGACACCUCCUCAGCGUCGGAAGACGAGGGCUCGCUGCGCCGACAGGGACGUCUGGCCACCUCCACGCCCUACCAGGGCCACGGCCACCCAGCCGUUGAGCACUGGUUUAACCGUGUCAUCCAGGGUUCCUCCACCUCAUCCUCCGCGUCAUCCACCUCAUCCCACCCGGGAGGGAGAUCCGUCACCACCACCAACACCACUGUCCACGCAGCCCUGAACGCCAACGCAGCAGCUACCGCACUGGCCGACCUUAUGGCACACACCCAGCUAGAUAACCACUCAGCGCCCCCCGAUGUGACGGGGCUGUCGGAGCGCUCCUUGAUUCAUGCGGAGCGGCCCCAGGUGGCCUCAGUGCGAGGCGUGUCUCGCGGCUGCAACCACCACACCAGCGUCAUGGAGACUGCAGAUGGCUGUGAAUGGAGAAGUGAAGGAUCCCUCAGUUUAAUGGCUGGUGUUCCAGUCAACAGUCGUGUCUCCUCCAAAAUCCAGCAGCUUCUCAACACUCUGAAGAGACCAAAGCGACCGCCGUUGAGAGAGUUCUUUGUCGAUGACUUUGAGGAGCUUCUGGAUGUCCAGCAGCCAGAUCCCAACCAGCCGAAGCCAGAAGGGCAGCAGAUGAGUCCCCUGGAAGGAGAGCUUCUCGGGGUGGCCAACAAGUGGCCUCCCUCCUUGCCAGCCGCCUUACAACGGUGGGGCACAACUCAUCCCAAGAGUCCCUGUCUAACUGGACUCGACAAUGCUGGCAAACCCGUCUAUACACUCACCUACGGUAAACUAUGGACCCGCAGUCAGAAACUGGCCUACACUCUUCUUAACAAGUUGAGCACCAGAAAUGAGCCCUUGCUCAUGCCGGGAGACAGAGUUGCACUUGUUUUCCCCAACAACGACCCAGUGAUGUUCAUGGUGGCCUUCUAUGGCUGCCUCCUGGCAGAGCUGGUACCUGUGCCUAUCGAAGUGCCGCUGACCAGAAAGGAUGCAGGAAGUCAACAGAUUGGCUUUCUGUUGGGCAGCUGUGGCGUCACAUUGGCACUGACCACUGACGCUUGUCAGAAAGGCUUGCCCAAAGCACAAACAGGGGAGGUAGCCACUUUCAAAGGCUGGCCGCGGUUGCUGUGGUUUGUGACAGAUGGAAAACAUGUUGUGAAGCCUCCAAAAGAAUGGCAUCCUCCAGUACGGGAAGCCAGUAAUGACAUAGCCUACAUUGAGUAUAAAACCAGCAAGGAAGGAAGCACUAUGGGGAUCACAGUGUCUCAUUCUGCCAUGCUGGCUCACUGUCAUGCCCUCACACAGGCCUGCGGCUACACUGAAGCUGAGACCAUAACCAACGUCCUGGACUUCAAGAGAGAAGCAGGAUUAUGGCAUGGUGUUCUUACUAGUGUCAUGAAUCGGAUGCACGUGAUCAGCAUUCCUUACUCCCUGAUGAAAGUCAACCCCCUCUCCUGGAUACAGAAGGUUCACACAUACAAAGCGCGGGUCGCAGUGGUGAAAUCGAGGGACAUGCACUGGUCUCUGCUGGCCCAGAGAGACCAGAGGGACAUCAGCCUGAGCUCACUGCGCAUGCUCAUUGUAGCUGACGGAGCUAACCCAUGGUCGAUAUCUUCCUGCGACGCAUUCCUCAACGUGUUUCAGGCACGUGGACUGCGACCUGAGGUGAUUUGUCCAUGUGCAAGCUCUUCAGAAGCCAUGACUGUCGCCAUCCGCAGACCUCCAGAAAUGGGUGUCCCUCCUCCUGGCAAGGCGGUGCUGUCUAUGGGUGGGCUGAGCCACAGCGUGAUCCGUGUGGACACAGAGGAGAAACUCUCUGUUCUUACAGUGCAGGAUGUGGGACAGGUCAUGCCUGGAGCUGUGGUUUGUGUGGUGCGGGUGGAGGGGACACCCUAUCUCUGUCAGACAGAUGAGGUUGGAGAGAUCUGUGUGAGCUCAGGUAGCACGGGCGUAGCUUAUUACGGCCUCCCAGGGAUGACCAAGAACAUCUUUGAGACCAUACCAGUAACAUCAUCUGGGAUUCCCAUCAGUGACAGACACUUUACCAGGACCUCACUGCUGGGCUUUGUGGGGCCGGACAGCCUUGUGUUUAUUGUGGGGAAGAUGGAAGGGCUGAUGGUGGUCAGUGGGCGGAGACACAAUGCUGAUGACGUGGUUGCCACAGCACUGGCAGUGGAGCCCAUGAAGUUUGUGUACAGGGGGAGGAUAGCAGUGUUUUCUGUGUCGGUGCUGCAUGACGAGAGGAUCGUUGUUGUGGCAGAGCAGAGGCCAGACGCCUCUGAGGAAGACAGCUUCCAGUGGAUGAGCCGCGUCCUUCAGGCCAUAGACAGCAUUCAUCAGGUCGGGGUGUACUGCCUGGCCCUGGUGCCUGCCAACACACUUCCUAAGGCUCCCCUGGGAGGAAUCCAUAUAUCUGAGACCAAACAGCGCUUCCUGGAGGGCGCCUUGCAUCCCUGCAACGUCCUCAUGUGCCCUCACACAUGUGUCACCAACCUGCCCAAGCCGAGACAAAAACAGCCAGAGGUCGGUCCUGCUUCUAUGAUAGUGGGCAACCUGGUGGCAGAGAGGAUAGCACAGGCCUGUGGGAGAGACGUGGGCCAGCUAGAGGACAAUGACCAGGCACGUAAGUUCCUGUACAUUCAAGACGUGCUGCAAUGGAGAGCUCAGGCCACUCCAGACCAUCCUCUGUUCCUUGUUCUCAAUGCUAAGGGCACGGUGGCUAGCACCGCUUCCUGUCUGCAGCUGCACAAGCGGGCAGAGCGGGUGGCUGCAGCUCUGAUGGGACGCCUCAACACUGGAGACCAUGUAGCACUCGUCUACCCACCAGGAAUCGACCUGAUUGCCACCUUCUACGGCUGCCUGUACGCUGGCUGUGUGCCGGUCACUGUCAGACCCCCACAUCCCCAGAACUUGGCGACCACCCUGCCCACCGUCAAGAUGAUUGUUGAGGUCAGUAAGUCGGUGUGUAUCCUGACCACUCAAGCAAUAAUGAAGCUGCUGAAAUCCAAAGAGGCUGCUGCUGCUGUGGACAUAAAGAGCUGGCCCAUGGUGCUGGACACAGAUGACCUCCCCAGGAAGAAGAGCCCUCAGAUGUACAAGCCCCCGACCCCAGAGAUGUUGGCUUACCUGGACUUCAGUGUGUCCACCACAGGCAUCUUAGCAGGGGUCAAAAUGUCUCACGCUGCCACCAGUGCCUUGUGUCGCUCCAUCAAACUGCAGUGUGAGCUCUACCCAUCCCGGCAGAUCGCCAUCUGUCUGGAUCCCUACUGCGGCCUGGGCUUCGCUCUCUGGUGCUUGUGCAGCGUGUACUCGGGCCACCAGUCGAUCCUGGUUCCCCCUCUGGAGCUGGAGAGCAAUGCGUCUCUGUGGCUUGCGGCAGUCAGCCAGUACAAAGUGCGCGUCACCUUCUGCUCGUAUUCAGUCAUGGAGAUGUGCACCAAGGGCCUGGGUUCACAGACGGAAGCAUUGCGGUUGCGAAAUGUGAACCUGUCUUGUGUGCGUACGUGCAUGGUGGUGGCAGAGGAGAGGCCCCGCAUAGCACUCACUCAGUCCUUCUCAAAGAUCUUCAAGGACUUGGGCCUUUCACCACGCGCCGUCAGUACCACCUUCGGAUGCAGGGUGAACGUGGCGAUUUGUUUGCAGGGCACAGCUGGACCAGACCCCACCACUGUUUAUGUGGACAUGAGAGCUCUGCGACAUGAUAGGGUUCGCCUGGUAGAGAGAGGGUCUCCGCACAGCUUGCCACUGAUGGAGUCCGGGAAGAUCCUCCCUGGAGUGAAGGUGAUCAUUGCCAACACAGAGACUAAAGGACCCCUGGGAGACUCCCACCUGGGAGAGGUCUGGGUGAGCAGUCCUCACAAUGCCACAGGCUACUACACAGUGUAUGGUGAGGAGGCGUUGCAUGCGGACCACUUCAACACAAAGCUCAGCUUCGGCGACACCCAGACUGUGUGGGCGAGGACGGGCUACCUGGGCUUUCUGCGGCGCACUGAGCUCACUGAUGCCAGUGGAGAGCGCCAUGACGCCCUCUACGUGGUGGGCUCUCUUGAUGAGACUCUGGAGCUGAGGGGAAUGAGGUAUCACCCAAUUGACAUCGAGACCUCUGUUAUCCGUUCUCACAAGAGCAUAGCUGAAUGUGCGGUGUUCACUUGGACCAACCUCCUUGUGGUGGUUGUGGAGCUGGAGGGGUCUGAGCAGGAGGCCCUGGACCUGGUUGCUCUGGUCACCAACGUUGUCCUGGAGGAGCACUACCUCAUCGUAGGGGUGGUGGUGGUGGUGGACCCUGGCGUCAUCCCCAUCAACUCCCGAGGGGAGAAGCAACGCAUGCACCUCAGAGACGGAUUCCUGGCUGACCAGCUGGACCCCAUAUAUGUGGCUUACAACAUGUGAGGGCCCUGCUGCAGGAGGGUUACCCCUCCAUGUGGCUCAUCACACAACAGGAGACAGCAGGACAGUAAAUGUGGGGCCCGGUGUCAGUGCGGCUUCUGUUGAAAGACAGCGAGCUGGCCUCUUCUUUCAGCUCACAGAGUGGAAAUAUGAAAGAAACUCGGAUGCAAAAUUUCACAGCAAAAUGGAGAGAAAUUCCAAGAGAAAUAAGAUUGACACAAACCUCAUGUCUGUUUCUCCCUGUAAUUUCUUGCCUCAACAAAUGUUUUAAAGGGCGUUUUGGUUUUGUUGAAGUGCGUUUUGUAUGUACGAUAGUGUCUGACUCCUUAAACCCAGUACACCCGAUAGCAGUACAGCAGGUGGUAAGGUAUAAUCCUACACUGUGCCAUUAACAUAAUUUACUUUGUCAGUCUCCAAAAUGAUGAAUGUUAGUUGUGUUUGCCACACACGUGCCAUAGAACAGGACUGACGCCAGUACCCUAAUCAAACAAACCCUAAUAUGUUCACGUUCGCCUCCUCUGCCACUGCAGGUCAAAUAUUUUCCAUAGAAGUCUCUAGUCUCUGUCAUUAAAUCUGUGGGAGCUUCUCUUCAGAUUACGGCCGCACCCCAAAGUGAACUGGGCUGCAACUAACUAUUAUGUACAUUGUCAAUUAAUCUGUCAAUUAUUUUCUCGAUUAAUCGAUAGUUGUUUGGGCUAUAAAAUGUCAAUCAGUGUGUCCCAAAGCCCAAGUUCACAUCCUCGAGUGUCUUGUUUUGUCUACAACCCAAAAAUAUUCAGUUUACUGUCGAGGAGUAAAGAAACCUCAACAUGUUCACAUUUAAGAAGCUGUAAUCAGAUAAUUUUUACACUUUUUUUCUCAAAAAAAAAAAAAUACCAUUACUCAUCAUUAUUAAAUUAGUUGGUGAUUAAUUCAAUAGAUGACCACUACUCAAUUAAUCGAAUAAUCGUUGCAGCUGUAAAGCGAUCCCUGAUUUUAUGUGCUCCAGCUCUAUUCAGAUCAUGUUAUUGCAUCAACAAAGAAGCACACAGCUGUGGUGUUGAAGGAGGGGCAGUACUUGUUUUUUGUUGCUGUUUCCAGCAGUAGUCCUUCAGUUUGUAGUGUCGGUAACAAAAACGUGUAGAAGUAAUGUUGUGAUUUGACUCGUUCUUUUUUUAAAUCGAAAAUGUGUAAUAUAGUUAUUGUUUUAGCUGAACAAAAUGCAAUAUGAGUGAUGUGAAAGAUGUUGCUCUGAAUGACUGCAGACAGUAAGUGCCGAUCAAUCCAAGUCAUGAGAUAUAAUCGUUGCUUACUAUUAGCAGCGUACCAAAUGAUAUGAAUUAAGCCUUAAGUGUUUCGUUUUUUAGAUGCCUGUUCCUAUCCCAACUCCUGUUCAGCUACAUUUUGUGAAGUUUAUCAGCUGUUGGAUAGGCAGGGAACAUGCAGAGGGAGGUUGGUAUUGUAAAUCCUGCUCUUCUUGCACCCAAAGUCUUUCAUCUUUUUCAGCUAAGAUGAAUAUACUUGAUCCUGACAUCAGCCAUUACAAACACACACAUGCUCCGUAAAUAUUUUUGAUAAUGUCUGUCCCUAUUGUCAGUUGUGUUCAGUGUGUGUUUUAUAACAACAUACUGGAAGAACUUGUAGUUGGUAUGGAUUUGAUGCAGAAUGUCACAGCCUCAUUUCGAAUGCCAUAAGGUUGAAUGAGAGUUGAAAAAUGUCGCAUGUACUGUAUGAGGCAAGUGUCUAAUAUGCGUGUAACACCUUAACCUCCCACCUUAUCACAUUGACUUUGUAAAGAUUCACUUCACUGUAUGUUGCUUCUCUGUGCACAUCCCUUCAGAAACAGGCCCCGAGCCUGCUGUAAGUAUGUACAGGUUUUGUGUAAAUUAUUAAUUGAUUGAGGAGACGACAGGAAGCAUAACACAUAAAGACUGAAUGUGGUUUAUAUGUGAACUUCUCCCUCACAAACAAACUUAUUUGAAAUGUAUUGUCAUGUGUGGACAUUGGGAGGAGACAUGCAAAGCCUUGCAAACAUUUUUUUAGUAUGAAAGAACAGCGGGAACUGGCCACUUCCAGGAUGAGACGAAGCACACUCCGAGCACAAGGAGAAGACAGUUACGCUCUGCUGACUGCUGAGGUGUCACAUCCUCUGGAGCAAACUUUUGUUGUUGACAUAUAGAAAGAUACAUUUGUCUGAUAUAUGGUUAGUUGUCAUUAUUUUCAUAACCUGAUUUCUUAAUGAAUAAAAAGUACUUUUAACUUGAAA